AUGAGGCCGCGGCCCGAAGGCCGGGGGCUCCGGGCGGGAGCCGCGCUGUCGCCCGCGUUCCUGCUGCUGCUGCUGCUGCUGCUGCUGCUGCCGCCGCCCCCGCCGCCGCUGCUGGGAGCCCUGUGGGCGGCGGGCACGCCUGCGCCGUCGGUGCAGGACAGCGCGCCCGGCGCUGGCCGCGUGAAGCGCGGCUGGGUGUGGAACCAGUUCUUCGUGGUGGAGGAGUACACGGGCACCGAGCCCCUGUACGUGGGCAAGAUCCACUCGGACUCAGACGAGGGUGACGGGGCCAUCAAGUACACCAUCUCGGGCGAGGGCGCUGGGACCAUCUUCCUGAUUGAUGAGCUGACAGGCGACAUCCACGCCAUGGAACGCCUAGACCGGGAACAGAAGACCUUCUACACGCUGCGGGCUCAAGCUCGGGACCGUGCCACCAACCGCCUGCUGGAGCCCGAGUCGGAGUUCAUCAUCAAGGUGCAGGACAUCAACGACAGCGAGCCCCGCUUCCUGCAUGGCCCCUACAUUGGCAGCGUGGCCGAGCUCUCACCCACAGGCACAUCGGUGAUGCAGGUGAUGGCCUCGGAUGCGGAUGACCCCACGUAUGGCAGCAGUGCUCGACUGGUGUACAGCGUGCUGGAUGGCGAGCAUCACUUCACCGUGGACCCCAAGACCGGUGUGAUCCGGACGGCCGUGCCCGACCUUGACCGCGAGAGCCAGGAGUGCUACGAGGUGGUGAUCCAGGCCACAGACAUGGCGGGCCAGCUGGGCGGCCUCUCCGGCUCCACGACCGUCACCAUCGUGGUCACUGAUGUCAACGACAACCCGCCCCGCUUCCCGCAGAAGAUGUACCAGUUCAGCAUUCAGGAGUCGGCCCCCAUCGGCACGGCCGUGGGACGCGUGAAGGCCGAGGACUCAGACGUGGGCGAAAACACAGACAUGACUUACCACCUCAGGGAGGAGAGCGGCAGCGGCGGGCACGUGUUCAAGGUCAUCACAGACAGUGACACGCAGGAGGCCAUCAUCGUAGUGCAGAAGCGCCUGGACUUCGAGUCCCAGCCGGUGCACACCGUGGUCCUGGAGGCCCUCAACAAGUUCGUGGACCCCCGCUUCGCUGACCUGGGCACGUUCCGCGACCAGGCAAUCGUGCGCGUGGCGGUUAUCGACGUGGACGAGCCCCCCGAGUUCCGGCCGCCCUCCGGCCUCCUGGAGGUACAGGAGGACGCGCAGGUGGGCUCCCUGGUCGGCGUGGUGACGGCGCGGGACCCCGACGCCGCCAACCGGCCCGUCCGGUAUGCCAUCGACCGCGACUCAGAUUUGGACCAGAUCUUUGAUAUCGAUGCGGACACGGGUGCCAUCGUCACCGGCAAGGGACUGGACCGAGAGACGGCCGGCUGGCACAACAUCACAGUGCUGGCUAUGGAGGCGGACAAUCACGCCCAGCUAUCCCGGGCAUCCCUAAGGAUCCGCAUCCUGGAUGUGAACGACAAUCCCCCAGAGCUGGCCACACCCUACGAGGCAGCCGUGUGUGAGGAUGCCAAGCCAGGCCAGCUCAUCCAGACCAUCAGCGUGGUGGACAGAGACGAGCCCCAGAGUGGGCAUCGCUUCUAUUUCCGCCUGGUGCCGGAAGCUCCCAGCAACCCCCAUUUCUCCUUGCUCGACAUCCAAGACAACACAGCCGCGGUGCACACGCAGCACAUGGGCUUCAACCGGCAGGAGCAGGACGUGUUCUUCCUGCCCAUCCUGGUGGUGGACAGCGGGCCGCCCACACUGAGCAGCACGGGGACACUGACCAUCCGCAUCUGCGGCUGCGACAGCUCGGGCGCCAUCCAGUCCUGCAACACCACGGCCUUCGUCAUGGCCGCCUCCCUCAGCCCCGGCGCGCUCAUCGCCCUCCUGGUCUGUGUCCUCAUCCUGGUCGUGCUGGUGCUGCUGAUCCUCACCCUCAGGCGCCACCACAAGAGCCACCUGAGCUCGGACGAGGACGAGGACAUGCGGGACAACGUCAUCAAGUACAACGACGAGGGCGGCGGCGAGCAGGACACCGAGGCCUACGACAUGUCGGCGCUGCGGAGCCUCUACGACUUCGGCGAGCUCAAGGGCGGCGGCGGCGGUGACGGCGGCGGCGGCGGCGGCGGGGGCGAGGGUUCCGCAGGGAGCGCGGGGAGCCCCCCGCAGGCGCGCCUGCCCUCGGAGCGCCACUCGCUGCCGCAGGGGCCGCCGAGCCCGGAGCCGGACUUCUCGGUGUUCAGGGACUUCAUCAGCCGCAAAGUGGCGCUGGCGGACGGGGACCCGUCGGUGCCGCCCUACGACGCCUUCCAGACCUACGCCUUCGAGGGCGCGGACUCGCCGGCCGCCUCGCUCAGCUCGCUGCACAGCGGCGGCUCGUCGGGCUCCGAGCAGGACUUCGCCUAUCUCAGCGGCUGGGGGCCCCGCUUCCGGCCCCUGGCCGCCCUCUACGCCGGCCACCGCCCGGACGACGAGGCCCCGGCCUCCUAG